GCAGCGACGACGAGCGAGAGAGAGAGCGAGUCGCGGAUAGGAGUCGAGCGAGCAGCGCUAGCAGAGGCUGGAAAAUGCCGCCGAAGAAGCGGGACAAGGAAGCGGAGGUGGUGGGUGCCGUCGCGACCGUCGCCGUGCAGAAACAGCAGCCUCAGCCCCCGACCAGGAUGGACCAGAUGCAGGCGGACCACGAACUUUUCCUGCAGGCCUUCGAAAAGCCAACUCAAAUUUAUCGGUUUUUGCGUACGCGAAAUCAAAUUUCGCCGAUAUUUCUGUACAGAAACUUAACGUACAUGAGACAGCGCAUGUCUCGAACUCACAAAUCUCGGAGAGGAUUCCGAAUAAAUUCUAUCUUAGAAAAAAUAAUGGCCAAGAACGAGCAGGAACAGAAUGCCGUAUUACGCGGUUAUAUGACCCUCACGUUCUUGGGAUUUUAUGAUAAAAAACUCGAGGAGCCUCAAGAUCCCGUAAAAGUAGAAACACUAUUGUUAAAAAUAUGUCAUAAAAAACGCAAAGAUGUUAGCUCUCCGAUUAUGCAGGUAUCCGUGGGUACGAGCGAAGUACCGAUAAAUCCUUCCGAAAAUCAGCCACCACCCAAAGCACCGACAGUGUCGAUACCCAAUGAAUCAUUUAGUUUAAAUAACGGUCAUGUUGCGAAGACGUACAUGCUACUGCUUAGGGUCUACUGCAUGUCGAAUAAUAGCUGCCUUAUACAAAACUGUGAUGUAGAAGAACCGGCUCAGAAACGCCGCAAGUCCACCAACGGCACCGCCAUAAAAUCCAACUCGGACGAGGUGAAGCUCUACGGCUCGGAGCUCGUCGUCUACGACAAGCACAAUCGCUGCCUCCUUACCGACGGUGACUACGAGCUCGGGCUCCAGGAAGUACAGACGAGCGUUCGGGCGAGCCCAAAGAAGCACAGUUCCUGGGAGACGAUUCCCAGCGUUAAGGACUGCGGCCCUUUCGACGUAUUUGGCCGCGGACCGACGCUGAAAUUUAGACUGAAUUGGACGACCGAGCCGAGUAGCGGUUACGUCGACAGGCCGCCACCAAUUAACCCGCUACCCAGUGCCGAUAACAAAGAGAACCGACCUGGAAACACUGGUUUAGACAGGUGUACGACCAAUCACAAUAACAAUAGUACUAACAAUAACAACAAUACAGCAUUGUCUACGUCUAGUCCACUUGCACCUUCAAAAAUGUCUGUAGCAAAUUUGGACAAAAUCGAGGUGUCGAAAGGCAAUCAACAAAUCGUCUAUCAAUUUCUUUACAACAAUAAUAGUCGACAGCAAACAGAGGCAUGCGAGGAUCUACAUUGUCCCUGGUGCUCUUUGGAUUGUGGUAGAUUGUACUCCUUGUUGAAGCAUUUAAAAUUAUGCCAUUCAAGAUUUACCUUCACUUAUGUUCCGAUAUCGCAAGGCGCUCGAAUAGAUGUAGCUAUAAACGAUUGCUACGAUGGCUCAUAUGCCGGUAGUCCGCACGAAUUGAUCUCACAGCCUUCGAAUGUUUCCUACUCCAGAACAGGACCUACAAGGCGCACGAGUGUAACUAAUAUCGUCGUAUGCCGACCAAAAAGACCAAAGCCAAGUCUUUCAGAGUUCUUAGAACUCGAUGAGAAUGAAUUCGAGAAUUCACGGCCUUACAUUACAGGGCACAAUAGGUUAUAUCAUCACACCGUUACCUGCUUGCCAAUUUAUCCAAAGGAAUUGGACGCCGACUCAGAGGGUGAAAACGAUCCAAAAUGGCUGCAGACGAAGACGAUGAUGAUGAUCGAUGAUUUCACAGAUGUGAACGAGGGCGAGAAAGAACUUAUGAAAAUGUGGAACCUUCAUGUGAUGAAGCAUGGCUACGUGGGUGACUGUCAGAUCCCGUUAGCCUGUCAAAUGUUUCUCGAAAAGAAGGGCAAGGAGCUCCUAAUGAAGAACCUCUACCGCAAUUUCAUUUUACACAUGUGCAGUCUUUUUGAUUUUGGCCUAGUGAGCCCCGUUAUACUUUACCAGACAAUUCAAAAAUUGCAAGAUUUAAUGAAGGAGGAGGGCGAAGACGGCGAUAUUCGUAAGGUCUUGCAAAAGUCGCAUGCGGCUCAGGUAGAGCGUUGGCUCAUAAACGGCGGUCAAAAUUCAACGGAUUUCGUCAAAUUCGCCAACAGCAAUCAAGCUAGCAAGGUAAAUUUCAAUCAUCACGAACUGACAAACUCGAACGCCAGGCGAAAAACGACGCUACCAAUGGGUUCGCCUCCUGGCACGAACCACAGCGGAAUCAAGCAUCCGAGCAUGAUGGGCGCUAGUAAAAAUAGUGUCAACGCGAAGGAUAAUCAGGCGAAUGGUGAAUUGCUGCCUUCGCGACGCAAGAGCACGAAUUCGGUUGUCGCGGAGGAGAAAAGUAGCAACGGGAAUGUGACCUCGUCGGCACCUCUGCGAAGAAAGUCCAUAAUUACUAAUAGUGAUAAUACUAAUAGUGCCGAAUAUCAUAGACGAAAGUUGGCCUUGGAUGCAGCGCCGGCCAAUGUCAACUCUAAUCAGAAGGCAACGCAGAACGGCACGUUGUUCUAAUUCUAAGAGGGAAGGCUCCGUUGGGGCGGCGUCUCAGUUAUAAAAUGAGGGGCUGUUGCUUUAAUCGACUGUUUCGGUGGCGAUUGUAUGGAUUUAUUUUAUUGACGAUUACUCGAAUGUGCGACGUUGCUUUUUAAUAGAUGCGGAGGAUCAUGUUAGCCAUCGACGAUCAGCGAGCAAUAAGAAACUAAAAAUGUGUAAUGUUUCAAACUGCGAAUCAGGGCUUGUAUGGCAGGCGUACUGAUAAUUGUCUUGAUUGCACGAUGCUGCGUGAUUAAUAAAAGAAUUUUUGAUUUAUUUGUAUAAGGA